GGCCUGCGCCUGGCCGGGACUAGCGGAGGGACGGGACGGGCUGAGGCGGACACCAGGGGGACAACGCCGCCUUGCCGCUUCGUUCUCUCUUCGGGAGAGGAUGCGUUACGUCGCAGCUUAUCUGCUCGCCGUGCUCGGGGGCAACGAGUCCCCCACGUCCAAGGACUUGAAAAAGAUCCUCGACAGCGUCGGCAUCGAGACGGACGAUGAACGGAUGAACAAGGUUAUUAGUGAGCUGAAUGGAAAAAAUAUUGAAGAUGUAAUUGCCCAGGGUAAUGGAAAACUUGCCAGCAUGCCGGCUGGGGGAGCCGUGGCAGUCUCUGCUGGAGGGGGCUCUGCUGCUCCUGCCGCAGCUGCUGCCCCUGCUGCCGCUGAGGAGAAGAAAGAAGAGAAGAAGGAGGAAUCAGAAGAAUCUGAUGAUGACAUGGGAUUCGGCCUCUUUGAUUAAUUAUUUGUUAUAGAGAAGUUAUUAAAAUUCUUUGUUUUAAA